AGGCACAAGUCGGUCAGAGCGAUACUCUAUCCUGAGAGUGACUGUUGCUCUUCCGAAGUGAUUCAUCCGUGUUACCAUGGGACGCUUUUCUGAAACGCGAGAUUAUGAAUGAGGUGAUUAAGCAGAAGAAGAAGACAGCAGGUGGGGUAGAAUGGCGGAUUCUGGUGGUGGAUCAGCUGGCGAUGAGGAUGGUGUCGGCGUGCUGCAAGAUGCACGACAUCAGCGCUCAGGGCAUUACCUUGGUGGAGGACAUCAACAAGAAGCGCGAACCCUUGCCGACGAUGGAGGCGAUCUACCUCAUCACGCCGUGCAACCCGUCGGUGCAGAAGCUGAUCGACGAUUUCAGUAAUCCAACGAGAACCACCUACAAGGUCGCCCAUGUGUACUUCACCGAAGCGUGCCCCGACGAGUUGUUCAAAGAAUUGUGUCACUCGCUGGUAGCUAAGCACAUAAAGACACUAAAAGAGAUCAACAUCGCUUUCAUACCGUACGAAGAGCAGGUCUUCUCGUUGGACUCGCGCGAAACUUUUGCCUGCUUUUAUAACCCGUCUUUCUUCAACCUGAGACCAGCCAACAUGGAGCGCAUCGCCGAGCAGAUUGCGACGCUUUGCGCCACUCUCGGGGAAUAUCCGUCGGUCAGAUAUCGAAGUGACUUCGACCGCAAUGUCGAGCUGGCUCAGUUGGUGCAGCAGAAACUGGACGCGUACAAGGCUGAUGAGCCGACCAUGGGAGAGGGUCCUGAGAAAUCACGUUCUCAGCUACUAAUCUUGGACAGAGGAUUCGAUUGUGUCUCACCUUUGUUGCACGAACUGACGUUACAGGCCAUGGCGUACGAUCUGUUGGACAUCGACAAUGAUGUCUACAGGUUCGAAGCGUCAGCAGGACAGGAGAAGGAAGUCCUGUUAGACGAGAACGACGACUUGUGGGUGGAGCUCAGGCAUCAACAUAUCGCCGUGGUGUCUCAGAACGUGACUAAAAACUUGAAGAAGUUCACAGAAUCAAAAAGGAUGCCGCAGGGUGACAAGCAGAGUAUGCGAGACCUAUCGCAGAUGAUCAAAAAGAUGCCGCAGUAUCAAAAAGAAUUGAGCAAAUACGCUACGCAUUUGCAACUAGCCGAGGACUGCAUGAAGCGUUAUCAAGGAAACGUAGAUAAGCUCUGCAAAGUGGAGCAGGAUCUGGCCAUGGGCACCGACGCGGAAGGCGAGCGCAUCAAGGACCACAUGAGAAACAUCACACCGAUCCUCCUCGAUCAGACAGUGCAUCACUUGGACAAGUUACGCAUCAUCUCUCUUUACGUCAUCAGUAAAAACGGCAUCACCGACGAGAAUUUGAAUCGGCUGGUUCAUCACGCCCAAGUAUCCGUCGACGAUAAGCAGACUAUCGUCAACAUGGCGAAUCUCGGUAUCAACGUUGUUGUGGAAGGUAAUCGCAAGAAGCUGUACACAGUGCAGCGUAAGGAAAGAAUCACAGAGCAGACUUAUCAGAUGAGCCGUUGGACGCCGAUCAUCAAGGACAUCAUGGAGGAUUCCAUCGAAGACAAACUUGAUUCGAAACAUUUCCCCUUUCUCGCUGGACGCGCGGCCAGUUCAGGAUAUCAUGCACCAACCAGCGCACGAUACGGUCACUGGCACAAAGACAAAGCCCAACAGACCAUCAAGAACGUUCCCCGGCUGAUCGUCUUCAUAGUUGGCGGAGUAUGCUUCUCCGAGAUACGAUGCGCUUACGAGGUGACAAACGCUUUGAAAAACUGGGAGGUCAUAAUCGGCUCGUCCCAUAUCAUCACGCCGAAGUCGUUCCUGAACGACCUGAGCAAGCUGCACGUCUAAGCUGCCGCAUAGACUGAGGAACCAACGACAUUCCCGCACUCCUACUUUGCCAUUAGCUUCGACUCCAUCAGUAAUACCAGCUAUGAAGUCAUCAAUGAUCUCGAGCACGAAAUUAGCAUACAAACCGAGCAAACGAACGUCAAUUCUUCGAGCGAGAGCGCCUCGUUCCGGGCGGAAACGCCGAGAAGCGUACGGGAGGUGUGUCCUCUCGACGCGACGCAAUUUUGUCAGUCGGCUAACAAUGAAAGUAUUCGUGUAUUAGUCAAGCACGAGGGAUCUUGAUCCGAAAGGUUAUCUAGAAUCAAGUGCCUGCGCGAAUACAUAGUCACCGGAGAUCGCAUGAAGACACAACGUUGGCAAUACUGAUGCAGGUCGCGCGAAGGUGUGCAACGAUACGACGAGCUCGCGGUCGAGCCUCCGGCGGAGUUCCAGAAGAGAGACGUGUUUGCACGCGCGCGUAUCGCACCGCCCUUUGUCGGUAAUAAGGGAGGGAACUCGCGCGCGGAGGAAUUUCUGUGUCGUAGAGGAGGAUCGUGAUAUCCCUGUACAUUUCUCGUUAUUAUUAUUAGCGUUUCGUUACCCUCCGCUCCAUCGUUGAGAGACUCACCGGCACCACAGAUCCGAGUUGGCAUUUUCAAAACUCAUAGCUCGUUUAUGCCCGGUAUUACCGAGCCCGAAGUAAUCGAUUCUGUCACGAUUAAGAGACAGUAUCGGGCCGUAACACAGCGUUCGCCUCGCACUUCUCCCCAAAGACCUCAUCGCCGGCACGGUAACGACGAACGCCACGUUAUUUAUUCGAUAAUGUUAUUUUCUCGGAAUCGUGUAAUAGUUAGCGUACACUGAAUGUAAAAUAAAAUUGCUAGAUGUACGAACCCGAUCUUGUUGAUGAACGCUUGUUCUUUCUUCGUUUACUCGCUUAGCUGUAUCUCGAUAGUUCUGUGCAAUACGCGUCUCUGAUUUCAAGUAGCCGAUCACCGGUUCCGAACGCUAUGUACAACCAUCUACACAUACACAUACAUACAUACAUCAUACACAAGUACGCACACAUACAGUUCCGACGUAAUUUCCACGUACGCCGUUUCCACGUAUAGAAUAUAUUCACGAUAUAUGAUAUUCACAUGGCUCUUUCUCUCCCUCUCUCUCUCUCUCUCUCUUUCUCUUUGACAAACUUCACUAAUGACGAUUUUACUUCCGUUGAAUGUAGUUACAGACGCAGUUGUGAUGUCAAUAUGUACUUGUGUGUCGUAAGGUCUACCGCAAUAUCGAACAGCAAUCGUUCCGCGACUGCGUGCGUGUGAUGGAGGAGCGCGCUUUCGAUUGAGAAGCUUGCGCUUCACGACGAACGAUAUAACAGUGGUAAUAAUUAUUGAUGUGAUGUCAAUAAAUGUUGCGAUUCAUUAGCGGGGAGAUUAUUACAAAGUUAAACGAUAUUUAUAGAGAGUAUAUCCUGUUGCAUAUAUAUAUGUAUGUAUGUAGAUUAUAGCUCCGAACGAAGUGUUCUGCUUAUAAAGGCCUACGAUGUGCUCUA